UGCGCCAUAAGUAAUUUUUUGUGUUGUUGUUUUUGUACGCCGUAUAUUAAACUGAAAUCAUCUUGCGUUACUAAUGUGAAAUUAUUAAUGUAGAUUAUUAUAAAAAAAAUUAUAUGGUAAUGUCAAAUGUGAUGUGGCGAUAGUUGACGGCGCAGCAUUUUAAGUGUAUUUUCUGUGCGUAAAUCGCAUCCACACAUGAACAACAGAGUGAUUUACUUUGCAUUUCUUUUGCAUUCCAUUGAUUAUUCCCAACAUCUUAAAUGUGACAAGAAGAGUUCACGGAUAAAGAGGAGAAUGUCCAUUUGAAACCGCUGAGAUCUCCGUGAUAAGCUAUUGUAAAGAUGGAGUUUAUUAAAGAGGAAAGUGAAGACGUCAGUAUUACACAACCAUGCAGAAUAAAAAGUGAAGAAGCUGAGAGAAAAAGAGCUAUGGCGGAUGAAUAUCUGGACACACUGUUGAUGGACGGACAAGAUCUGGCAGAAGAGUUCGAGGCCCAGCAACCAAAGAAAAUCAAAAAGAGAAGAAGUCAAGCAACCGCUGUGUUUUGGAGAGAGAGAGAUGAAAAAGGCAAUAUUGUGGCACAAUUUAAGAGGAAGACAAAAAAUCCAAACCCCAGACCCACCUCCUCCUGUGGAUCAGAGGAUGAAUUCCCAUGUCAGGAGAUGUUGCAUGAAAGUAAAAGUGUGCCAGGACAUGAGCUGAUGAAAGUGAAAGAGGAAAGUCAAGAACUGAAUGAAGAGGAGAAACGCCAGAAACCUGAUGACGAACAGAAAAUGGAUUCGAUCAAAGUGAGCAUGAAAAACUGCAUAAACUGCAACAUGUCCUUUGGUGUUGCCACCAAGGUUUGCAGGGCAUGUGGGGUGGCACAGCCUAUGAAACAAAAGCUUCAAAACAAAAUUAAAAAAUAUGAUGCGACGUGGGCCAGUACUCAGCGAGAGAACCGGUCAAUAAGUAAAUUAUUUGAUGAAACAAAUCUGCUGCUUCACAAGUGGCAACAGGUUGGCAUGUACCCUCUGUUCUUGUUGGGUAGGAAAAGAGGGUCCAAGACUGUGGCAGAGUGCCUGUGUCCCAUCACUUUUAACCAUCCCCAGUGUAAGGAGGCACAGCACACUAUACGGCAGAUUUUUGUUGGGCUGAUAAAUGCGGCCCACUCACCGACCCUGUCACCAGUUGCCCAGCCACCAACUGCCCAGCCAUCAGUCACUGAGUCUUCGGUACAGCCACCAGUCACUCAGUCUUCGGUACAGCCACCAGUGACCCAGUAUUCUGCCCAGCAACCGGCUGCCCAGCCACAAGUCACUAAGUCUUUAGCCCAGCCACAACUGACCCAGUAUUCUGCCCAGCCACUGGCAGCCCAGUCACCCAUCGCUAAGCCUAUAGCCCAGAAACCAGUGACCCAGUCUUCUGUCAAGCUACCUGUCGCCCAUUCUUUGGCCCAACCACCAGUGACACAUUCUUCUGCCCAUUCACCCAUUGCCCAAUUUUUGGCUAAGCCACGUGUGACUCAGUCUUCUGCCCAGCCACCCGUUGCCAAGUUUUGGACUCAGCCACGAGUGACCCAGUCAUCUGCCCAGCGACCUGUUUUUAAGUCUUUGGCCCAGCCCCCAGUGAUCCAGUCUUCUGCCAAGCCACUUGUCGCCCAGUAUUCAGCUCAGCCACGAGUGACCAAGACUUCUGCCAUGCCACCUGUCGCCCAGUCUUUGGCCCAGCCACCAGUGACCCUGUCCUCUGCCCAGCCACCCAUUGUCCAGUUUUCGGCUCAGCCACGAGUGGCCCAGCCUUCUGCCCAGCCACUAGUCGCCCAGUCUCCGGCACAGCCAUCAGUGACCAAGUCUUCAGCCCAGCCACCAGUGGCCCAGUCUUCUGCCCAGCCACCAGUGUCCCAGUCUUCUGCCCAGCCACCAGUGGCCCAGUCUUCUGCCCAGCCACUAGUCGGCCAGUCUCUGGCACAGCCACCAGUGACCAUGUCUUCAGCCCAGCCGCCAGUGGCCCAGUCUUCUGCUCAGCCACUAGUCGCCCAGUCUACAACCCAGCCACCAGUGGACCAGUCUCUCUGCUCUACACUCCCCACUGUGACUCCCUACAAAGACCUAAUGGAAGUGAGAGAGGAAAAUCAAGAGCUGAAUGAAGAGGAGGAGAAACGUCAGUGUCGGAAACCUGAUGAUGAACAGAAAAUGGAUUCGAUCAAAGUGAGCAUGAAAAACUGCAUAAACUGCAACAUGUCCUUUGGUGUUGCUACCAAGGUUUGCAGGGCAUGUGGGGUGGCACAGCCUAUGAAACAAAAGCUUCAAAACAAAAUGAAAAAAUAUGAUGCGACGUGGGCCAGUACUCAGCGAGAGAAUGGGUCAAUAAGUAAAUUAUUUGAUGAAACAAAUCUCCUGCUUCACAAGUGGCAACAGGUUGGCAUGUACCCUCUCUUCUUGUUGGGUAGGAAAAGAGGGUCCAAGACUGUGGCAGAGUGCCUGUGUCCCAUCACAUUUGACCUCCCACAGUGUAAAGAGGCACUGAUUGUCAUACGGCGGAUUUUUGUUGGGCUGAUAAAUGCCGCCCAGUUACGAACCGCAGAGCUACCGGCUGUCCAGCAACCCGUCACCUCGUCUCUCUGCUCUACACUCCCCAAUCUGAUUAUAUCCAAAGAUGCACAACAGGAGGAAAGUGAAAAACUUGUUUCAUACAAAGAUUGCACGGUGCAUCCGGCAAUGGAUGUCUUUCCCUAUGAAGAAAUUCUAGAAAAAAGAAUAAGACAGGACGGUGAGUGUGAGGUGCUGAUUAGAUGGGCUCCUUGCCCUGGUUGCGGCCUAAAGUGGAGUGACUCAUGGGAGUUAGAGGACAACCUGUAACUUAUAACUAAGGCUACACAUACACACACUUACAGACACACUUAAAACUGUGAAUUUGUGUCUUUUUCAUUUCAUUGACUGUCAUAACAUAGUUUGUAACAAUAAACUCACUGUUGGGAACAAAGUAGGAGUUGUUUACAUGAUUGCAAGGUUUAAAGUAAGGACUGGAUUUUUUUGAACCAAUGAUUUGUUGGUUUUGGAACUUGAUGCAGAAAUUAUUUAUCAGUCUCUUUUGACAGGGAAAAUAUAUUUCCAGGGAAAUUACCAAUUUCAUAAUUUAUUUUGCUGUAUUUGCUUCGCAAUACAGGGAAUGAAUGAAGCAGAAAAUACACAUGAUAAAAGACACAUUCUUAUAAAUAGUCGUCCAUUUAAAAACCACAGAAAAAUAGACAUUUGAAUUAUCAAAAUAUAAAGUGUGUUAAAUAUUAAAAAGUUUGAUACCUAUUGGAAUGGUGUUACGUAAAUGACUUGUUCUUGAAAAUGACACAAUUACGAUUAACCUGUAUAAAUUCUGGACAAAGCCAAGUUACAAUCGCAUUAUCUAUGUCUGUAGUCGGAUUUCACAAAAAUUUUAAUCAGACUGACAGAUUUUAAGGAAUAGUAUACAGACUGAGAUGUCAAUGUUAGGUUCAAUUUGUCUGCAAAACAAUUGUGAAAUGUGCACAAAGUUAUGAGUAAUAGUCUAAUACUAUUAGAAUGAAUAUCUUCACAUUAUUCUACUUUUAGUUCAAGUGACCUAUUUCGUCUGGGUGUGUUUUUAGUUUUACUAUCGCUUUGUGUGAAGAACAGACCUAAAAUUAAGUUUUUAUUUAACGAUAACCUGAUGUCUGCUGUAACACAUCCCACACAUAUUCUGACACCAGAAUUAUAACACAGGUUUGACAUCAGCAGUGUAAAAUGCAUUUGGCUUUCACGUGUCUUGUGACCAAUUGUGACGAGCUCAAGUUUGGAUUUAUAUUUUGAAUGAGCAGUAUUUUAGAUGUCUUUAGAUGUCACUUCCUUCAUAGAGGGGAUGAUAUUCAGCGAAUAAAGCCUUCAGUUUCACUCUGUUGCUCACACAAAGCUAACACAUGUUUUGUAAUGCAAUUAUAGUGCUUUUGUAUACUUUCUUUUUUUAUAUAUAUAAAUUAUUGUGACUUUACUUUGAUCUUUUUGUUACAUUGCUUAGAAUUUGUUAGGUUUAGGCAUGGGGUGGGUGCUUAAAAAUAUCUACAAAAUAGUGUAUUGCAAAUCAAAUUUAUGUGACUAAAUUUACCUGUCUAUGUAACGUUUUAUGUUGUUGAUAAUUGGUUAGGUUUAAGAAUGAGGU